AUGGCCGCCAGGGACUCCGACUACGUGAAGAAAGCGCACGGCGGCUACUUCAACGUGUUCCUCGCCGCCUUCGGCGACGAGCAAGGGGAGAGAUGGGAUUCGUUCAUGGUGGUCGAUGGUGAGUUCCCUGACAAGAACGAUCUCCAUUGCUACGAUGGGUUCGUGGUGAGCGGCAGCCCUUGCGAUGCCUAUGGAAACGAUGAGUGGAUCCUCCAACUCUGUCUCCUCCUCCAAACUCUCCACUCCUUGAAGAAGAAGGUCCUCGGAAUAUGCUUCGGCCACCAGGUUUUGUGCAGGGCAUUGGGAGGAAGAGUAGGGAAAGCGACGACAGGAUGGGACAUUGGUCUAAGAAGAGUGAGGAUCAUGGAAGAUCUACUGCCAGCAGGGAGCAGCUUCCUGGAGGAUUUGAGCCGAAUGUCGCCGCCAUCUCUGUCCAUCAUCGAGUGCCAUCAGGAUGAAGUUUAUGAAGUCCCAUCUGAGGCCAAGGUGAUUGCGUUUUCGGACAAAACUGGCGUGGAGAUUUUCGCCAUUGGAGAUCACAUCUUGGGUAUUCAAGGCCAUCCUGAGUACACCAAGGACAUCGUCUGCAGCAUCAUCGAUCGCCUCCUCGACGACUGUUGCAUCGAGAGGGAGUUUGCUGAGAAGGCCAAGUCUGGGUUGGAAGGAGCUGAUGAACCGGACAGAAGUCGUUGGGAGAAGAUCUGCAGGAAUUUUCUCAAGGAAAGGUAGAGAGAGGCCAUUGGAAUGGAGUGUUCAGUGAUCAAAAUUGGUUUGUAUGAUAGAUAUUUACUAUGUAGCCACUCGUUGGUGAUGAAGAUUCUCAUUAUGAAAGAAAAAGAAGCGAUU